UUGCAGGUACGAAAGUGGAUUGGACGCUCCGAAGAGUCCAGUGUGUAUCUAGCGAAUGACAUUUCUGCAAUUACAGCAUGGAAAAGUUAAUUCAGGAUCCAAUGCUGUCUUGAACGACUGAGGAAUUGGACAUACACACACGUGACAUUAUUUGAGACAAGUUGAGAUGCCAAAUGGAUGGAAUCUGCAUGAAGAGCAUGUGAUGGGAAAUUCCAAUGCGCUUCGGAGACACAUAGGCUCCUUCCUACUGGCCACGGAGACGCCCACGCUUCCUCGUCAACCUUUGCGAUCAUCUUCUACGGACUACCUCAGUUCAUCACAGAGGGAUUUUUACGCGCCCGCGCCAUACCGAAACGCAAGCGGUCCCAAGCGCCGGAUUGUCCAUGACGGUUUGCCGUUUUUGCGAUGCUCACUCCACUUGCGUUGCGGACACUGCUCGUUCAGAGGGAGCGGCAAUAUCAAUAUCGGCUUGUCGAUGUGUCUAUCUACCAGGAUUGAAGGGAUGACGGAGGAGACGCUUAUGGGACAGCGUAUGUGGCGUCUGACUAUACGGUGCUUACGGAGCCUUGCAGAAUUUCUACGGACAGCAGAGAAAGGUAGCGAGCUGGUGCGACUGGUGGAUGAGGGGGAUGACUGUAUGGGAAAAACAUGAUGAGGACGGUACAGACUGUGGGUAUGUUCUCUCACUACCCCUAACCCCCUCGGUCCAAUUACCAGCCGCGCUGGAUAUUACCCCCUCGAAUCGAUUAACGUGCGUCCAUGAGUGCGCGCAGGGGCAGCAAUGCGGGCACAUGCAUUGUAGGGACGUGAUUGG